AGCUAGCUAACGUUUGCUGCAUGGAUAUACACAUGUGAUGUGGACCAUGUCAUUUUGAUCAAUUACCAUUCUUAGGACAAGUCAUUUUGUCUACAUCGAGUUAUUAGCAAGUAGCUACAUUAUUUCGGGAGUUAAUAAUCAAAUGGACCGUGUCACACUUCUGUUUUUCGCAACCUAGCUAACGCUAGCUUUCUGUUCUAGCUAGCUACCAUUCCAUCGCCGAUUGACUGGUUAACCGUCAACAUGGCAAGCAUAAAACAUCUGCAAAAACUCUUAUAAUUGAAGAUGAUGAAGUCAGAGAAGAUGGUGAUGAUAUGAAUCACUUUUCCUUCAAAGAGUUAAUCCGCAGUAAAAACCAAGGGGAUUCAGAUGAGAAGAAGUACCCAACGCGAAAGGAGGCAUAUGGGAGCACAUUCCUGGCAGAGGGGGAAUAUACUAUCCCGGGCCCUAAGAGCUUUGAUCAAGACUUCCAGGGUCACUUUUACAUAGACCCAGCACCGUUUCCUCAGUCUCUGGACAAUGAGACAAAGGAGUGGGCUGGAAGUUACCAGCCAUCAGCCAUUGAGGAGGCGCAUGAAUUUAGACUGUGUGGCACUGCAGCAGCAGACAGCAGCACAUACUCGGGUCAAUCUUCCCUGUGCACCGAGGAAGAAGAGGAUACUUCCUUAUCUGUAUGGCAGGUGGAUGAAGAAUUCUCACCAAAGGCCCCCCAGUACAGGAGUGCCCCAGUGAACUAUGUUGGAGAUGAUGAAACAUCCAUCGCAGAGCUCUCCUACAAGACCAAGAAGAGUAGUACAGAGAAUGGCCAUAGGGAUCAACAAAAGAAACGAGCAGUGAAGGCUGAAAACAUUGUAUCAAAACUCAAACAGGAGCUUCAUCAAUUACAGGGCCAAGUAGAGGGGUGCCGGUAUGAGAAUGAGAGACUUCGAGCUAGAGAGACAGCUGCCUUAAAUACAAUGAAACAUAACACGCAAGUGGCCUCGGAGUACCUUAACAAAGCAGCACUCAAUGCUGAGACUUCCAUCAAGCAAUUACUUACAGGAGCAGAAACUCUUUGUCUGGUAUCUCAACUGCUGCAGUCUAUUGACAACAUAUCUGAGAUUCACAAUGAAGGCUGAUGGAGUUUAAGGAGGCUAUAGAAUUUAGAUCUAGGACCAUCCAUCAAGAAACUGGAAAACAAUUAUGGCGUGUCAUUGUCACUCAACACUCACAGAUAAUCUAAAGUUGUAGUGUGUGCACUGAUUUGUGACAAAAUAAGAGAUAUUGCUUUUUUUACUUGUACUUCAUAAAAUGUUUAGUUUUGAACCACUUUAACAGGCCAUUUGAAAACAAUAUGCUAACAGCUGUAUUUAAAGCUGAGGCAAAUAUGACUGUGACUCAAAGUUGUUUGUGUAUUAUUUUGUGAGCAUUGUUUACACAUUUUACACUGCAUAUGUUCCACAAUCUUUGCUUGAACGUAGUCCUACUAUUUGUAGUAGGAAUUAUCAGGAGACUUCCUGUAGCUACUUGUCAGUUAAUUGCUUGCUUUCCAACUGCUGAUACCACCACAUUUUUUUAACCAGAAAUUGUAUUGUAUCCACUUUUGCUAAGACUGUCAGUCUGGUUAGUAAUGAGUGUAUUUGAUAGUUGUUAAUUGUACUUGUAUUACAGUAUUAAAUAAUAUGUAAAUACAUUAUUAUACUAGGUCAAGUGGACAUUUGGCAUUCAUUUCAUUGGUAUUCAUGAAUGUCAUGAAUACUGUAUGUAGCAUUUUUUGGGGUUCUGAUUGGAUAAUAGUUAUGAUGAUCCCACCAGCCACCACCGUGUACAUAAUCUCAACCCAUAACCCCACUCCCUCUAGUCUAAUGUGUAUGUGUAGUUUAAUGUGUGUAUUGUGCUAAACGGGACUAAUCUAGAAAAUAGACUUUGGUUUUAGCAUCGACUCCCUGUCUAAAUAUAUAUUUGUUUAAAUGCUCUGGGUUUAGAAACGGUUAGCGCUAUCCAUAACCUUAAACCCCUUGCUUUAAUCCUUACCAUUAACAAUUUUAGAGUUCAUCCCAGGGGUUCCGGAUAGCGAGUAACGUUGAAAAACUGGAGCUGCAGUGUAAAGCCUGUGACGUUUACUGUGGCGUUUGUGUGGUAUGGUGGAUAUUUCAUGCUUUUGAAGAUUACAACG